AAUUUAAGGCAGUCUAACUAAGCAAAGCUUGCAGAUUGAGCGUAAGUGUAACUUUUUCGUACAACUUGCUGAACAUGUGACCCCGCUUUUUGCGAGGAGCACGGACCCUACGAGCGGCGCGCUGCAGGAGCCAGCUGGUGGAUCCCGAUGACGUCAGCGGUGGCGCCAGCGGGUGUCGCGGUUCCGUUCAUAACUCCAGAACUGGAGUGAAACUCCUGACCGCUUCCACUCCGCUCCGCCCGUCCUCCAGACGCUCCAUUCAGUCAACUCCACGCUCACGUCCGCGACUGACGCCCCACGCUCACGCGAGCCCAGUCUACGCUUUCGCAACCUCAGCCUUCAUUCAUAAACUCAUUCACAAAAAAAAUUUACUACUACAAUUUUCACAACCGCGGAGUCUCGCCUCCAUUCUCGCAUUCUUAGACGAGCGUUUUUCCGCCCACCCGCUCCGUGAAUUUCAUUCAAGUUUUGUCAACUUUUUUUGUCAUCUCUUAAAAGUUCAUCCGUUAACCCCUCUCACCCCUACCCGAUUUGCACCCUUUAAACUUACACCCAUUUCCGACCGUAAUUUUUUGCUUUUUUUUCGCUGGAUCGUUUCUAAGAUUUCCAUCAUUCUUCCAACAUUUUUCGUACGCGAUCGAGAAGGUAUAAAAUCGAGGGGUUUUCCAACCCUUGAAACACCCCUCUUUGGAUAUUGUUCAAAUCUUGACUCAAAAGUGUGUGAUUACCGUGGUUCCUGACGUUCUCUCUCGUUACAUAAGUGACACUUUUUGGAAAUUAUGAAGAGCCACUGUUUACAGGCGAUAGUUUGAUCAAUAAUUAAGGGAUGAAAAACGCUUAACCUAAAGACUGUAAUUAAAUUUCAAGAGUCUCUUAAGUCAGACAUCAUUGUUUCUAACGAAAGCAUUCGGCUUUAAGGAUCAAAGUUUCAAUGCCUACUUACCGUUUCCAAAUUUGGAGUUAUGGUCUUUAUUUAGAAAGUUUACUUUAACUUCAAACGAACUUUUGUGUUUGAAAACUUAAAACUUUACUUUGAUUAAUUUUCACCGGCUCGGCAUUUUUAGACUACUGAAGUGCUCAUUCUACUAAAAGGAGAGUGUUCCUUUUAUUCUCGUGCAAUUUGACGUUUUUUUCUUAAACUUGUGCAAUUCCAGACCAUUUUGUUUUUGUUCGGAUUUUCUACUUUGGCUGAGUUUGCUCAUUUAAAAUCCGCAAAAGUUGUGUCAAGUAACGGUACUUCUUAAAGUGGUGAUGUGUUGUGCUAACAUCGUGAAAAAGGAUACGUAGCUCUUCCACCUUUUUGGAAAAUAAACCUCCUGUACAAUGGUGAUGAGCACUCCGAAGAGGUUCGCAGAGGCGCUGAGCGGCUACGAGCCGCGCUGCAAGCUGGCCUGCGCGGAGGAAGGGGAGUCGAUGGACAGCUUCGGGAGCAAGUGGAGCCCUUGCUCGCAGGUGAAGGAUGAGUACCCUGCGGGGGGCCCGCCCAGCGUCAGCGCCGCCGGAAGCCCCCUCAGUUUCCGCUCGGGCAACACUUCCGACUUCGCCGAUGUUUCCGGCACCUUCGACGACGACGAGGACGAGGAAUUCGCCCAGUGCAAGAAGGAGGACAAGAAGACGCCCAAGAAGAAGCAGCGAAGGAACACGAGGGCUAAGAGUCCUACACAGAUUCUGCGGUUGAAACGGCACCGAAGAAUGAAGGCGAACGACCGCGAACGGAAUCGAAUGCACAUGUUGAACGAGGCGCUGGACCGGUUGCGGACGGUGCUGCCCACCUAUCCGGAGGAUACGAAGCUCACCAAAAUCGAGACCCUCCGCUUCGCCCACAACUACAUUUGGGCCCUCAGCCAAACUCUCCACUGCGUCCAACAAGAGGUCACGCUCAACGUUGGCAGCGUUGUUGUCUCCAUCGGCUCCGCCGGAAAUAAGAUAACAUCAACAACGGGGAGUUGCGCUUUGGCUCAGCAGAAAAAAUACGAGGACAAGAAACCGUUGAUGGACCAAAGCUCCUUCUACUCCUCCCCACCCUCCUGCAACAGCGGAGACCUUCCCCAGUUCCCGACCGAGCCCAUGGGGGAUCUCUUCGAGGGUGAGCGAUCCAUCAAGUCGGAGGGCUUUUACACUUCCUCGCCGAUCUACCCGGAAGGGGCGCCCGAUUGGCCGGUCUUCCCGGACCUCGACUCCGACCCAGUUCCUGAGGUGGGCCUCCCGGACCCCCGCGAUCAGCCCCAUUGGCUCGACCAUGAGCGGAGGUUCCCCGACGUCAAAUGCGACGCACAUUGUGGUACAGGAGGUGGCGCCCCCUACUACAGCCAGCGGUACAUGUUUCAGUGCUGAUAACCAGCCGACUGUUAUGCAUAGUUAAAUUAGAGCUACGCAUGGGCCGAACUAAUAACUUUUUGGUAGGGGGACAGAGGGGCUCCUCAUCAAGGAAGGAGGGUCUGGGGGACGCAGGAGGACACCCCACCACGGAGGGAUCUGGGGAACUCUCUCGAUUCCGAUGGAGAAUUUGAAGAACUUUUCUAACUCCAAGGUGGGGUAAGGGUUUCCCCUGCUAGAAUAUUUUGAAAAAUGAAAUUAUGUCUUAGGAGCAAUACUGAGCGUUUAUUACGGAAAAAUUUAAAGAAAUACAAGUUCAAAGAUGAACGCACUUAUUUUACAAAAUCCGUCACAUUUUUUGGAGAAGGCCAAGUAUAUUUCCAUGGAGAUCAGCUCCGUCCCCCCCCCCUUCCGCUCAAGAGCUGAUGUUUUGCCACUGGUGCGGCUCAUGUAGUUCAAUAAUGGCUGGACCUGCGAUCUCUCAUGAGCUACAUGUUCUCUUUGAUAUUGAAAACGUUAAAAUCUUUGAGUUCAAGAUUUAAUGUAUUUUUACCAUUCCAUUGUCAGCAACAUCACUUCCAAUACCUCAUUAUGCAAAUAUAUUAAUUUUAUCGAGCUCAUAUGUUGCAAUUGCAAAAAUCGCUUCGUAGCGACAAACUUCAAGUCGUCUUCAAUAAAGAUGAUAAUUACCUCUCGAUUGCUGGAAAAAUCAGUGGUACUUUAAUUCUAUCAAAUUAAAGGGAAAUUUUGGGCUCAUACUGGAGAACGUUUUUAACAACAUGUGGAAUUUUAACCACUCAAUUUUGCCUAUGUUUUCGGAACGUUUACAAUUUAGGUUUAAAAUUUUUUUCCAUUCCAACACCUGGACAUCGUAUGAAUUUUGAUUCUCAAAUAGUAUAAUCCAUCAUUCAUUCCUGAUUAUUCUUACCAAUUCCAUUCCCAGUGCCAUAAUAUUUGGUCCGAUGUUUGUACUAACAGGGACUUACGAUAAUAAUAUAAAAAAGCUCUCUUUUUCUUACCGUGACGGCCAUGACUUGCAUUUAAGUUCACUCAUUCUGUGAUAGUAUUGGUAGCUGUUAAAAUCCCUAUUUUUUCUACAAACCAUGCAGCUCUUUACACUUAGCAUUAGCGCUUCGUAAUUAUUAGUUUAGUUUUAGUUGCCUUGCCAAGAUACUGCAUGACGCAGUAAAGUUAUGCUGUUACAUUUUGCAUACCCAAAAGUCUAUUUUAUAUUCCUUGUAUGCUUUUUGCCCGUAUUAAAUCCAUCUUGGGUUUAUCGCCUAUCACUUGCUUCUUUUUUUAAAUUUGGAUCUACUUUAAUGGCAUGAUUACCUACUUCCAUCCUACCAACGAAUACUUAAUGCUCAGAACGCCACCAAGAUCCUAGUACAAAAAAUCUAGUCAAACGAAAAAUGAUGUAUCACUACAUUAUUUUGCUAAUUUUACAUUAUUUUAUAACUAAAUGUUAAGAAACUGCAACUAUAUUUUGUUUGAUUUGUUCAACCCGAUGCAUAUUUAACUUCGGUAAUUUAUUUUUUGUAAUAUUUUUGUAUUAUAUAUGUUUUAUGAUUUAAAUAAAAAUAUUUGUUGUUGCAUA